UCUCCACGUAAAAAACCUGCGUGGGGAGUCAGGAGCUCAGAGUUGUUCAGACCUGAGAGAGGAAUGGCGGCCCCCCGGAGGCUCUCCUUCUCCCUCUGCGGGGUUUUCCUACUUUUCUGCGUCUCUUCGGGCAACAGGCGAGCGAACCAGGAGCGGUACGGCAACAAGGUGCAGUCUGCUGCAGAGGGAGUCCGUAAGCUGGCCGUCACCUUCAAAGCUGACAACUGCUCAUUAAGCUACCCACUGGGAAAACACGUGAUCCAUGAGGUCUCAAACGUCUCCUUCAGCCACCUGGCCUGUCACGAUCAGGCUGCUGUGGUCGUCCACUGGUCUGCAAGUCCACUAGGAAUCGAACACAUUAAAGGCUUCAGAGUUUACCUGGAGGACAAGAAUCCAGACGGGAAACAGUGUCAGCACCUCAUCCUCAAAGACCCACGGCAGCUCAACUACUCCUACAGGAGCACGAAGCUGAGCAGUCAGCCGUUCAGCGGUUUGUCCUUUGACACCGACUACAUGGUUCGUGUCGUUCCUUUCCCCUCUCUGAUGAACGAAAGCUUCUUCCCUCCAUCUUUCCUGCGGACCAACUCUUGUGAAGUCCUCCUCGGGUCGGACAACCUGGUGUGCAAACCAUUCUGGAAGCCGAAGACCCUGAACGUGUCUCAGCACGGAUCGGACCUUCACGUGGCGUUCGAUUUGGCUCCCGCCUCCUUCAGCUUCCAGUUUUAUUAUCUGUACUACAGGCUGCGGCAGGACGGCCUCUUCAGAGUGCAGCGCUGCAGACCAGAUCUGAACCAGGCUAGGACAACUUGCAUCCUCCAGGACGUCACUCAAGGAACCUACGUUGUAGAGGUUAGAGACAACAGUAACACGACCAGGAGGCAAAUUCAGUACCACGUCAGCCAGGUGCACUCCCCAUGGGCGGGGCCUAUCCGUGCCAUGGCCAUCACCGUGCCGCUGGUCAUCAUGUCCGCCUUCGCCACGCUCUUCACUGUAGUGUGUCGCAAGAAGCAGCAAGAAAACAUAUACAGUCAGCUGGACGAAGAGAGCAGCGAGUCGCCCAAUCAGAGUGCAGCGCUGAACAGCGAGCGGCCGUGGCCACGCCCCAAAGUCUUCAUCUGCUACUCCAACAGAGACUGCUCCAAGCACACCAGCGUCAUCCAGAGCUUUGCCUACUUCCUGCAGGACUUCUGUGGCUGUGAGGUGGUGCUGGACCUGUGGGAACAUCUGGAGAUGUGCAAAGAGGGUCAGAUGUCGUGGCUGAGCCGACAGCUGGAUGAAGCUAACCUCAUCAUCACCGUCUGUUCGAAAGGCCUACGAUAUCACGUGGAGAAGAAGAGUCGCAGAGGGAAGACGCCGGUCAGUCGGCGCGGUAAUGGCGGCGGCGGCGGCGGUUCCCUGGCUGGCGGCUCGCACGGCGAUCUGUUCGUCGUGGCUGUGGCAAUGAUCGCGGAGAAGCUGCGGCUGGCCAAGCAGAGCGAGGACGGCGGGGACCAGGAGCUGAGCCGCUUCAUGGCCGUGUACUUCGACUAUUCCACCGAAGGCGACAUCCCCACCGUGCUGAGUCUGGCUCCCAGGCUGAAGCUCAUGGAUCAGCUGCCGCAGCUCUACGGCCGGCUCCAUUCCAGCCAGUCCGCCCUGGCCGAUCCCGAGCAGCCGCCCAUCAACAUCUCCCGCAGGAACUACUUCCGGAGCAAAUCGGGACGCUCUCUCUACGUAUCCAUCUGCAACAUGCACCAGCACAUCAGCCAGAACCCGGACUGGUUCGAAAAGCAGCCGUCUCCUGCAGGACGUCCGUCCGACUCGUCCGCCAAAGACGCUCAGAGCGCUCCUCCUCCGGAGCCCGGCUGCUCCUCGGGGCCUCAGCCGGAGCGGCGCUUAGAGUCCGGCCUGGUGCUGAACGAGGUGCUGGUGAGGGCGCCGUCGCUGGAGGAAGUGGACGGCGUGCCGAGGAGGAACGUGCUCCUGCUGGCCCCCGGCUCCAGCCGCAGUCCAAACGUCUGUCCCAGUCCGGAGCUGCCCCACUGCUCUUUGUCCAUCCCAGGAUCCACAUCAAGACUGUCCGCCGGGGCGUCCGAGGCUUUGCCUGAAGAGUCUUCCUCCUCUUCCUCGGCUCCCUGUGUCCUCCAGGACGAGCUGUGCGCUGCUCCGCGUCACACGGAGGAGGGCGGCCCCGGCGGUCCGGAGGUCCCGCCUCCUCGUGACUCUGGGAUAUACGAUUCGUCUGUUCCUUCGUCAGAGCUGUCCAUUCCCCUGAUGGAGGGACUGUCACAUGACCAGGCGGACUGCUCCUCAUUGGCAGACAGCGAGUCGUCGUCGUCUGGGCUCGGCGACGAGGAGCCGCCUACGGUGGCGUCACUCGGCUGCAGCACGGCCUGCAAAGCUCAGCUGCACCACCAUCAUCACCUGGAGCACGGCGACGUUCACUCAGCAUCGCUGUAGGAGCUGCUGCCCGCCAGUCGAGGAUUAGGGGGAGAAGGGGUUGGAGAAAAAAAAGUGACACUCAGGAGGUGCUGUCUUUGAUUUGUAGACGAAAACCAGGAGACUUAAAAGGCACAGAGGAGCCUGUAGUCAGAGGGAACCUAUCCGCUUGGUUGUUCAUCUGCUGCCGGGGGUGCUGAAGUCUGACCACUACCUCCUGGCUGUGGCUGAUUCCAGGCCCGUGUGGGCGGUAUAACCACCACAGCCAAACGCUUCCCCCUGGGAUAAAUCUGCUGGUUCCCAGUCGAAGGAGUUUACCUUUAUCUUUAUCUGCAGGCGUGCUCCGGCCGAUCAGGCUGAAAGCAGACAUUCGAGUACGUGAUGCAGAACCAACGGCGGGUUUGUGCGCUUUUAGACUCAAAAGACGUGGAGGAACAGCAAACGGUACGAGGACAACCCGCAUCAGGACACAACGUUCGUGUUAAUCUCCACAGUCUGGACUAGAACCAGCUCAACUCUAAAUAUUUCACUUUUCAACCGUUUAAAAGCUGUUUCUAAAGAAGUGCUACUUUUUUUUUUUAUCUAAACGUUGUUGUUUUUUUAACCCACAACAUAAAUGUCAUAUGUGUUGAAACUUUAAAGCAAGCCUUGGUUAAAUAUCUAACUAACUUCAACGCUACUGGUGAAAAAAAAAAAAGAAAAAAGUGGUACUAAGACCUGAUAAUGUGAUAUAAUAUAAAUAGAAGAGUUUUAUUUUUCUGCUUAUGUUUGUGAAUAGAAAUUUCAGUUGUAUUCUUUACACAUUUUUAUAACCUGUGUUACUCCUGCAAUAUUUUGUACUGUGGUUACAUUUUAAAGCCUUUUGAAGUCUUGA